AUGCAACAUUACUCUCGCACCCUUGUGGCGGCUUCUAAUGUCGACCUAAAUAGAAGCUAUACUAAAGAUCUUGAGGAUAAAAAAUUAGAGGCUAUCUCCGAAAUAGAUCGUUUUACUGCGGUAAAGAAACUAAAAAUAGACCGACUUCGUGACGCAUUACCGCUAUAUUAUACAGUUCUCACUCUAAGGGACGAAGAACUAAAAGCCUUUUUUGCUACUCAUACCGACGAUAAGAUAGGCUUGAAUCGAGUGACGAACUCUAAAACCACGCUUCUGCAUUUAACGGCUUACGAGAUUAAGCCCCUAAAUAGCUUUAAAGGGUACCCUGAGACCGCAGUGUCCUGUCUCUUCUUGCCGUUAGGGCAGGAUACUCUAGGCCUUAAUACAGCACGUCUCAAAUACGGGUGUACAUACGGAGAGUGCCUAGGGGGAUUUUUAUCCGCUCAGAUAAGCAGAUCUUUGGUUGAUCAGGGCGAGACCUUAUACGGCCUUAUUCGGCAGGAUAUUAGUCGUAGCAGCCUUUAG